AUGUCUCAUUUAUUUCUCGGAACAGGAGGGACAAUAUUUACCUAUACAAUAUUAACAAUUUAUUUAUUUGGAGAUUUAGCUGUAUAUUCUACAAUGGUUCCCAAAUCUUUAAUGAAUAUUAUUUGUUCUACUUUAAAUUCUUCUGCCUCUUUAAAUCCAAAUUUGCCUUGCCAUAAUGGACCUAAUAAUUGGCUAAAUUUAUUUAGUAGAUUUUUUGUUUAUCGAUUUUGUAUUUUAAUUUUUGUUGGAUUUUGUUUUCCAAUGAUUUUAUUGGGAAUGACUAGAACAAAAUGGUUACAAUUAUCAACUACUUUAUCUAGAUGGACUGCAUUUAUUUUAAUGAUUGUAAUGGCCACAAAUUUACUUUUGCUUGAUGGCCCAAAAGGACAUCCUCCACCAAUUAAUUUUCAUUCUUUUGGUUCUUUAUUUGGUGUUGCUGUCUAUGCAUUUAUGUGUCACCAUUCAAUACCUGGAUUAAUUUCCCCAAUAAGGGGAAUUGAAAAUAAUUUUAAUAAAAAAUUAUUUUUAAUUUAUUCUUUAAUUUAUUUGUUUUAUUGUGCUUUGUCUUUAACUGGCUCUUUUGCUUUUGAACAUGCACAAGAUAUUUAUACUAUUAAUUUUUUGCACGAACAAACAGAACAUGUCAAUUUGUGGGAUUCUUUAAUUGAUUAUUUCCUCGCUUUAUUUCCAGUUUUUGUACUUACAUCUUCGUAUAUUAUUGUAGCAAUUACUUUAUGUAAUAAUAUGAAAGUAUUAUUUAAAUUAUUAAUUAAUGGAAAAUUUGGAAGAAUUUUUAUUAGAAGAAAUUUAGAUAAUCAAGAAGAAGAGGGAAUACUUACAAAUUUUCCUGGUGUUGGUGUUCAAUAUAUUCUGCCAGCUUUGUUAAUUUUAAGUGCCCGAAAAGCUCUUUUCACAAAAAUUGGUUCAAACACAAUUCCAUUAAAUUUAUUAUCUUCUCCAUUUACACAUUGGUUAUGGCCUAUAGGAAUUCUUUGUUGGGCUGUUUUUGCAAUUUUAAUUGUUUCUUUAAAUAUUUUUCAUUUAGGAUAAGUGAUAAUUUUUGCAAAAUAUUUUUGUCUUUUCUUUCAGUCUUUCC